GGUGCCAAAUAGAAAACCAAAAAUAUUGUCGUAAACACCUAAACAGAGUGGUUUCAAGGGUUUUUCUGAGCCACCGUGUCCUACGCAAAUACUCACCACAAUCAGCCGAUAAACGACAAGGUUGCAGAGGAUGCCUCGCACGACCACCGUUGAGUGCCCCGGUUGUCCUCCAUUUCGAGCCUUGACUUUCGAUGCCCUUGGUCUCAUCAAAGUAAUCGAAGCUCGAGGUAAAGGAGGAGGAGUUCCUCAAGUGGUAGACAGAUGGGGAGAUCCUGACGCUUCCAAAUGUGUGCUUGCCGCUUGCAUUGAUGACCGCAAAACCGACCCAUUACUAGCUGUUGCGAGAAAGAGUGGUGUGAUUGAAGUACUUAAUCCCCUGAAUGGUGAACUUUCUGUUACGGUUUCCAAUGUUAGUAAUGUUGGUGUUAGACCAGAAGAUGAUGCUAUUGUUGGUUUGCAUUUAUUCAGAAGACGGAGAAUGGAGUUAACAUCCAGGUUAUGCACUUUGCUCACAUGUACAACAAAAGGAAAUGCAAGCAUAAAAACUGUUGAUAUGACUGAUUCUCCAGCAUAUUCUGGUUCCCCGAACACAUGGAAUGUAUGUGCCUCCGGUAAUAUCCAAUGUUCUCAAGUGAAUGGAAGUGAAAACUAUGCCUUAUUUGGAGGGAAGGGUGUUGAAGUUAAUAUGUGGGAUCUUGACAAAUGUGCUAAGAUUUGGACAGCAAAACCACCUCCUGCAAACAGCCUUGGUAUUUUUACCCCUACUUGGUUUACAUCUGCAACAUUCCUCAGCAAAGAUGAUCACCGUAAAGUUGUGGCUGGUACCAAUAGUCAUCAGGUUCGCCUCUAUGAUGUUUCUGCUCAACGAAGACCAGUUAUAUCAUUUGACUUCAGGGAAACCCCUAUAAAAGCAGUUACUGAAGACCUUGAUGGUCAUACAAUCUAUAUAGGGAAUGGAUCCGGUGACCUUGCUUCCGUGGAUAUUCGCACAGGUAAAUUGGUAGGGUGCUUUUUGGGGAAGUGUUCUGGAAGCAUUCGGUCCAUUGCUCGGCACUCUGAACUUCCUGUGAUAGCAUCAUGUGGUUUGGACAGCUAUCUGCGCAUUUGGGAUAUAGGAACAAGACAACUUCUUUCGUCGGUUUUCCUGAAACAGCAUCUUACAAAAGUUGUUUUUGAUACUAAUUUUACUGAUGAAGUUAAACACGAUGCAACUGAUUCGGCUGCGCAUGAAGCACAGAGCAUGGGUGAAGUCCAGACUGCAGAUGAAACUGAAAAACUGCCUAACAAAAGAAAGAAAUCAUCUAAAGAAAAUAAAGGGAGCAAAAACAAGGCAUCUAAAGAAAAGGAGGGAAGCAAGAAGUUGAAAUCCAAGAAAAGAAGCAAAAGUCUAGAACAUGACGUUGCUGAUGAUGCAUAGACAGAUUAAAGCCUCAAAGAUUAGG